AUGGAUAAGCGUGAGAGAACGGGCUUGGAGCUUGAUGGUGUUGAGGGUGUUGACUGGCUGCGGGAGGAGCCCGCGAUCGACGUUGCUAAAAAGCCAACGGCAGGGGAUAACUGGUUUGCAGAGCAUGGCAAAGAAAUCGUGGAGGGAACCAUGAACAGGGCUGAUUCACGAAGAAAUUCUGGCGGUUCUCCCCCACCGAGCUCCGAUGAUAGUCCUGGUGGCUCCCGUUGGCGUCGGCUCGCUGAACUACCAUUAAAGUUCAAAGAAAGCCGACCCGUGUGCCCAGCGUGCCGGGGAGCCACGAAGGCUAAAAGUGCGGAAGUCCCCAACGGCUGUUUCGCGGGCCCAAUGUGCGGGACAAAGAGCUGUCCACCAAUAAUAAAGAUCGAUGAAGCUCUCCAGUCGGCAUCGCUGGGUCGGGGGCUAAAGUCAAGCGUGAUCCCGUCCAGGUUCACCCACGAAUAUGGCGACACGAGCCGGACUGAUGCCCUCGAAGUGGUGCUUGUGUCGAGUCGAGCGAGGUUGAGCAGAUGCAAGAUUUUUGAUAUCGAUUUCCAAGCACGUAUGGUAAUUAAUGUACGUUGUUUUCACUUUGUGAUAUGGACGUCCUCCAUUUUAUCCAUGCAGCUUGGUCGUCGCCCCCGCGCUCCCGCUCUGCCCCUGUCUCCCCUCACAUAUCGUCAUUCCGUGCUCCCUCCAAAGAGUUGCCUGUGGGCCACCAGUCCCGAGUUGAAGCCCAUUGCACUCCAUGCGAAAAUAGUUAAUGGCUUGGUGAUGGAGCGCAAGGAUUGUGGGUUCCAAAAAGAUGAAAGCGAUGCUCCAGCUUUCCCGAUAUUUGCAUCGGAGGAUUUGGGAAUUGGGGCAAUCAUAGUAAUAUCGCCACGGAAAACAACAUGUUUCUUUGCAACAUUCUCGCACUUCCUACAUCCACUCAUUUUAGUGCAAGAUUCUUCCUUGCCUCCGGGACCCCCUAGCCCAUCCACUAGGAUGAUGAGCCUCUUUUGA